CAGACAAGGUCUUGCUAUUUGGCCCAGGGUAAUCUGAAGCUCCUGGCCUCAAGCCAUCCUCCCGUCUCAGCCUCCUGAAGUGCUGGGAUUCCAGGCGUGAGCCACCACCGUAGACCCUGCAUUUCUCCUCUGUGCUCACUGCCGCACGCAGCUCAGCCUGGGCUGCACAGCCAGGUGUCAGGUGCGUCUCUGCUGAUCUGAGUCUGCCUGCAGCACGGACCUGCAUCUUCCCUGAAGCAUCUCCAGGGCUGGAGAGACGACUGCCAUGCACCGAGGGCUCAUCCAUUUGCAGAGCAGGGCAGUGGGAGGAGAUGCCAUGACCCCCAUCCUCAUGCUCCUGAUCUGUCUCGGGCUGAGUCUGGGCCCCAGGACCCACGUGCAGGCAGGGACCCUUCCCAAGCCCACUCUCUGGGCUGAGCCAGGGUCUGUGAUCACCCAAGGGAGUCCUGUGACCCUCAGGUGUCAGGGGAGCCUUCAGGUUCAGGAGUAUCGUCUAUACAGGGAAAAAAAACCAGCAUCCUGGGUUAGACUGAUACGACAACAGCUUGUCAAGAAGGGCUAUUUCCCCAUUGGAUUCAUCACCUCGGGACAUGCAGGGCGGUAUCGCUGUUGGUAUUAUAGCCGCAAUCACUCAUCAGAGCACAGCGACCCCCUGGAGCUGGUGGUGACAGGAGCCUACACCAAACCCACCCUCUCAGCCCUGCCCAGCCCUGUGGUGGCCUCAGGAGGGAACGUGACCCUCCAGUGUGUCUCACAGGUGGCAUUUGAUGGCUUCAUUCUGUGUAAGGAAGGAGAAGAUGAACACCCACAACGUCUCAACUCCCACUUCCAUGCCCGUGGCUGGUCCUGGGCUGUCUUCUCCGUGGUUCCCGUGAGCCCGAGUCACAGGUGGUCGUACCGGUGCUAUGGUUAUAACUCACGCUCUCCCUAUGUGUGGUCUUUACCCAGCAAUCUCCUGGAGCUCCUGGUCCCAGGUGUUUCUAAGAAGCCAUCACUCUCAGUGCAGCCGGGUCCUGUCGUGGCCCCUGGGGAGAACCUGACCCUCCAAUGUGGCUCUGAUGCUGGCUAUGACAGAUUUGUUCUAUACAAGGAGGGAGAACGUGACUUCCUCCAGCGCCCUGGUCGGCAGCCCCAGGCUGGGCUCUCCCAGGCCAACUUCUCUCUGGGCCUUGUGAGCCACUCCCACGGGGGCCGGUACAGAUGCUCUGGUGCACACAACCUCUCCUCCGAGUGGUCGGCCCCCAGUAACCCCCUGGACAUCCUGAUCUCAGGACAGUUCUAUGACACGGUCUCCCUCUUGGUGCAGCCAGGCCCCAGGGUGGCUUCAGGAGUGAACGUGACCCUGCUGUGUCAGUCAUGGGGGCAGUUCCACACUUUCCUUCUGACCAAGGAGGGGGCAGCCCAUCCCCCACUGCGUCUGAGAUCAGAGCACCAAGCUCAGCAGUACCAGGCUGAAUUCCCCAUGGGUCCUGUGACCUCAGCCCACGCGGGGACCUACAGGUGCUACGGCUCACGCAGCUCCAACCCCUACCUGCUAACUCACCCCAGUGACCCCCUGGAGCUCGUGGUCUCAGGAGCAGCUGAGACCCUCAGCCCGUCACAAAACCAGACAGACUCCAAGACGAGCCAACACCCACAGGAUUACACAGUGGAGAAUCUCAUCCGCAUGGGCGUGGCUGGCUUGGUCCUGGUGUUCCUCGGGAUUCUGCUAUUUGAGGCUCAGCACAGCCAGAAGCCCCCAAGAUGCAGUUGGCCAGUGAACAGCAGAGAGGACAAUGCACCCUUCAGAGUGGUGGAGCCUCAGGAACAGAUCUGAUGAUCCCAGGAAGUUCUGGAGGACAAUCUAGGACCUACGUUAUCUGAACUGUCUGCUGGUCACUUCUAGAGACAGGAAUCCAUAUUUGAGUGCAGUGAAACUGUCUGGGGUGAUUCCUAGAAGAUCAUCAAACUGUGAUACAUAUUUUUGUCUCUGAAUGUUGACUUUCCUUGACUGGAUCCCCUUUCUUUCCCAUCCCCAGACAUGAAGCUGCAUCCCACAAGGCAGCGUUGGGUCCACACCUCUGCACACCUGCGUGCUCUGGUCCACAGCAUGUAACACAGUCUUCCUUAUUCCUCAUUGUCACACUCCUUGAUGUCCCUUACUGAGUCGCCAUCUCUUCAGUUCAGAGAUCCAAACCUGAACCACCAACUACAUUGACAACAGGAGAUCAGAUUCCAACCAGGAAAACAUAAAUCCACCCUGAAGACUUAACGCCCUCCCUGGACCCUGUGAGCCCUUGCCUCUUUCUUAGGUACUAUCUGUGUAAUUUCUCCUGAAAUAUCAUCUCUUGGAAUCAUCACUCACACAUUUCAAGUGACACCACAGCUAUGUUGAUUCUGAAAAAUACAUCUUUAAAGUGCUAUUAUUAGUGGUAUCUACCAGUUUCUGUGACAUAAAUUUUUUUUUCAUGGCCCCAAUCAAGGCGCCAAUGAGUUCUCACUGAAUGCAGGGUUGGGAAUCAAGGGACAGAGCUGUCUUCACUAAUGAGCACCAGCCACCUGUGGCACAUCCCACUGAGAGUUCACGCAUCUACCUACAGUCCUUUCUAAUUCAGAGGCAAUGAUUACUUCUAUUUCAGUGUUAUGGCACAGGUCAAAUGAAAUUCUGAGACUGUUAUCCUAGCAUAUCCACAAAAGACAAACAUGUUAAUAUCUGAUGUGAGAGAUAACACGGCUCACUUAAAAAUCUAAGUACAACAUAAGAAAAGUGUUACCGGAACUAUGCAGUUUCAAUGGAAGAAUUCUUUUGUUUUUGGAGACAGAGUUUCACUAUCAUCACCCAGGUUAGAGUGCAAUGGCGGGAUCUCAGCUCACUGCUACCUCCCGAUCCCGGGUUCAAGCAAUUCUCCCGCCUCUGCCU